CGCUUUACUUUUUUAGUGCUUUACUUGAUUCCUUCAUUAUCUUACCAAGGCUGUAUGAAGGCACAACACCAUAACGCUAACUAGCUACGGCCGCCGUUCUCCAUCAUCAUUCACUGUCGACGUCGCUUUCUUCUCAACUUCGAAGUCAUUGCCGUUAAUCGGCCAUCAUCGAGACAGGCUACUGUGUUUAAACUGAAGGAGCAAGGAACCCUAAAUAGCUGUCGACUUCUUCCCUUUGUCCAAUUCGUUUCGCCUAUUACUUCUGGGUCAAGUCAGGUUUGCAUGGGUUUGGGUGGGCAGUAUGCAGGCAUAGCAAUUGGAUAUGGGUGGGCAGUAUGCAGGCAUAGCAAUUGGAUAUGGGUGAGGAAGGAUAGCAAGGGCAUGAAUACUAAUCUGGGCUAGGGAUAGAUUCAAGUCGUAGAGAUGUUAAACUCAUUUGGAUGUCAAGCUAGAUCAUCCUCAACUGAAGUUGUGAUAGAUCUGGUUAAUGGCUGACAUAUGGGCUUGGCUGUGACUGAUUUUAUGGUUAUCUCACUUCCUGCAAUAAGUCAAGUGCAGUCCAUUUGUGAAGAACAAAGGGCACAAGUAAUAGGGGUGUCUGGGACACCAACAGCAGCUCCUCUGUUCAUCUCUCCUUGUAGCAAAGCUUCUCCUAUCCUCUCUUUCAAGUUCUGACUGAGAAAAAAGAGCACAAAGCCUUCUUCUGACACAUUUUGCUGAAUUGGGUUGUUCUUGAUUAUGGCUGUAAGGGCUACGAGGCGAUUAUUGAGAGAUGUUUUGUACAAAAGGGUAAUUUCAACUCCUGUUGGAGGUGUUAGACACUGCUCUUCUAUCGCAGAAACUCCUCCUAAGAUCCCCCACUUUUCCAGAAAAGGAAGACUUUUGACAGGAGUAACCAUAGGAUUGGUCAUUGCUGGAGGAGCUUAUGUAAGUACAGUGGAUGAAGCUACUUUCUGUGGUUGGCUAUUCAAUGCAACAAAACUUGUGAAUCCAUUUUUUGCCCUCCUAGAUGCUGAAGAUGCUCAUAGGCUUGCUGUUGCAGCUGCUGCUCGUGGUUGGGUUCCAAGGGAGAAGAGGUCUGAUCCAUCUAUUUUAGGAUUGGAGGUGUGGGGAAGGAAGUUCUCCAACCCUAUAGGUCUUGCUGCUGGCUUUGAUAAAAAUGCUGAGGCUAUUGAAGGCUUGCUUGGGUUGGGUUUUGGCUUUGUAGAGGUGGGCUCUGUUACCCCUGUUCCACAAGAGGGUAAUCCAAAGCCACGCAUUUUCAGAUUGCGCAAGGAAGGUGCUAUUAUCAAUCGCUGUGGAUUUAAUAGUGAAGGCAUUGUUGUUGUCGCAAAGCGAUUGGGUGCACAGCAUGGAAAGAGAAUGUUGGCUGAAACUUCGAGCACUUCGGCUCCCCCAAGUGAUGGCAAGAAACAUGGAGGCAAAGCUGGACCUGGCAUUCUUGGUGUUAAUCUUGGAAAGAACAAGACAAUUGAAGAUGCUGCUGCAGAUUAUGUACAAGGGGUUCAUACGUUAUCCCAGUAUGCUGAUUACUUGGUUAUUAAUGUUUCAUCACCCAAUACUCCUGGAUUACGUAUGCUUCAGGGAAGAAAACAAUUAAAGGACCUUGUUAAGAAGGUUCAAGCUGCUCGGGAUGAAAUGCAAUGGGGUGAGGAAGGCCCACCUCCUUUACUUGUAAAGAUUGCUCCGGACUUGUCUAAGGAAGACCUUGAAGACAUUGCAGCAGUUGCUCUUGCACUCCGCCUGGAUGGUCUGAUUAUUUCAAAUACAACCAUAUCAAGGCCAGAUUGCAUAAGGCAGUCCCCAAUGGCUGAGGAAGCUGGUGGUUUAAGUGGAAAACCUCUAUUCAAUCUAUCUACUAAUGUCUUAAAAGAGAUGUAUAUUUUGACAAGGGGAAAGAUUCCUCUAAUAGGUUGUGGGGGUAUUAGCAGUGGAGAGGAUGCAUACAAGAAAAUACGAGCUGGGGCUAGUCUUGUUCAGCUUUAUACAGCAUUUGCCUAUGGUGGACCUGCCUUAAUUCCUCAGUUGAAGGCUGAACUGGCCGAAUGCUUACAAAGGGAUGGUUUCAAAUCUAUCCUUGAAGCAGUUGGUGCAGAUUAUAGAUAAUACCAUCUGUGUUGCCAUAUCUCUUUUCCAGAAUGAGUGGGAAGACAAACUUAUAUUAAGCAGGGCUCACACUAUACAAAAGGUCUUGUAGCUGUCUUUAUUUCAUUUAUCAAGCAAUAAAUUACCUGGUGCCUAAAGUUUUGUUUGGGCUUCACCUCUCAAGAACUCUGUUUUUGUUGUUCCCUUUUGGUUUGUGUGUUUAGGGUUUAGGGUUUAGGGUGGUGGAGAUGUUAACUUGCCAUUUUUGGGAGUGAUUUAGUGGUGAAGAUGAACAAUAAUUGCAGUAAGGCGUGCUUUGAUUGAUAUCAGUGGAAUAUGUCCAUUGGUGUAUUGAUGAGAAUUCCUGUAGAAGCCAUGUUUUUUUUUAUUAUUAUUAAAAAAAAAAUGCAUUCAAAGGUUUUGAACAGGCUCA